GUCGUUGAAACCGCUCGCACACUUUCGGGACUUUGCCGCCUGGGCCACGGGUUCUUCGGCGAGUACUACAAAGACUUUGUGCCCAGCGAGAACAUUGACUGCCCCUGUGGGGAACCAUUACAGACACGACCUCACAUUCUACAAGAAUGCCCUAUCUACGAACAGCACCGACACAUACUCCGCAAGGUGUCCGAGGACGUGGCGCUGGCGGAGAUCCUGGGCACGCCAAAGGGCAUUGACGCGCUAGCCCGCUUCCUCAAGAAGAGCGGCGCGUUCACGAAGACAGGGCACCCGCGGGCGGAACCGCGCGCGCCGCGGUGGGAAGAUGAGCCUGAUCCGGUGGGGGAGGAUGGGAGAAUGGAGGACGAGGGAUGGGAGACGGGCGAGGAGGAGGAGGAACGAGACGAGUGA